UACGUCUCGGCUCCGGAAGCAGAAGAUCGACUGCUCGAGAAGAAUAUGUCAACAAUUUCUUUAUUCAGGCUGACUAGAUACUAAAUAAUUUUUAUGUGUCAAGUUUGCUGAUAAUUUGGUGGUAUGUCAAUCAUAAGUGUUGUAAAUUACUUUAGUUCUUAUGAGGACUAUGCACUACAUUACCCAGAAUGCCUCAGGGCUACGUCUCGGCUCCGGAAGCAGGAGAUCGACUGCUCGAGAAGAAUAUGUCAACAAUUCCUUUUUUUUCCCAGGCUGACUAGUUACUAAAUUUUCUUGGUAAAAUUCGCUGAUAAGUUGGUGAAGAUGAGUUUCCAGGUUUUGUCGUAUGAGGGUUUGGUGCACGCUGUGUCCGGAGCAAUGGGAAGUGUAACUGCCAUGACAGUAUUCUAUCCCCUCGAUACUGCAAGGCUGAGGCUUCAAGUGGACGAGAAGAGGAAGGCACAAUCAACUCCAGCAAUACUAGCAGAAAUAAUCAAGGAGGAAGGACUGCUGGCUCCAUACAGAGGAUGGUUCCCAGUCAUCUGCAGCCUGUGCUGCUCCAACUUUGUCUACUUCUACUGCUUCCACAGUUUGAAGGCCAGCUGGCUGAAGGAGCAUCAGUCGGCACCUCGCUCUGACUUGCUGCUUGGCAUCGCUGCAGGUGUUGUGAAUGUACUACUGACUACACCGCUGUGGGUCGUCAACACCCGACUGAAGCUUCAGGGCUCCAAAUUUCACAAUGAAGAUAUACAGCCCACCAAGUACUGUGGCAUUAUGGAUGCUUUUUUGCAGAUCAUCCAAAAGGAAGGUGUGGGAGCGCUGUGGAACGGCACCUUCCCUUCCUUGCUGCUGGUCCUGAACCCUGCCAUCCAGUUCAUGAUCUAUGAAGGUCUGAAGAGGCACCUGAGGAGAGGAGUUCUCAGGGAGCUGUCAUCUUUUGAGGUUUUCAUGAUUGGCGCAGUUGCAAAAGCGGUUGCCACCACUGCGACCUACCCCCUGCAGACUGUGCAGUCCAUUCUCAGGUUUGGUCAGUUCAAGGAGUCGACAAGGUCUACGCUGCUGUCCAGUCUAAUGACUGUCAGGUAUCUGCUAGUCAACAGAGUGAGGAAAUUUGGUCUCUGGGGUCUGUUUAAAGGCCUGGAGGCCAAGUUGCUGCAGACGGUGCUGACUGCCGCCCUCAUGUUCCUUUUAUAUGAGAAGAUUGCCAGCUGCACCUUCAGAGUCAUGGGACUGAGCAACCAGUACAAAAAACGCUAGCUAGCUGGCGAGCCGUGGACCGUACUUGUCCACUGGUGACCGUCCAGAGAGGUAAAUACAACCCCUUCAAUAGAGCUCCUCUUUUAAUUCAUUGUUUUUACUUUAAAACCAUUGUGAUGAUGAUCCGUAAGAAUCAAAGUGUUUCCUUUAGAGCAGGGGUAGGGAACCUAUGGCUCUAGAGCCAGAUGUGGCUCUUUUGAUGACUGCAUCUGGCUCUCUGAUAAAUCUGAGCUGACAUUGCUUAACACGAUAAGUAAUGAAUAAUUCCACUUGUAAUCACAGUGUUAAAAAUAAUGUUCAAAAUAUAAAACAUUCUCAUGCAUUUUUCUUCCGCACCUGUUCAAGAAGUUGCGUUAAUGGUAAGAAGUUACUUAUUUAUUAUUGGUUAGUGUGGGGCUUGCCCUCCUGGGGGUUCUUCAGACCAACUUGAGAGCCUGUUUCAGGGUUACAAUAUUGUUUUAUUUUUCAAAAAGUCUCUCAGUUGCUUUCCAGCAAUUGUAUUUCCAGCCCCAACCUUGUCUCUCCUCCUGGCUGCUGCUUAUAACAGAGCGACAGGUGAUUAGAUAACAAGGCCCAGGUGGGCCAUCUACGCACCUGUCGCUGCAGGCCCGCAGGCCACGCCUCCUCCACAGUUAGCUUCAGAAUAACAAUGUUAUUACAAAGAAUAAGAGACCUAUUAUACUCUAGAAAUGUUGGUCUUACUCAAAAAUGCACGUGUUUAGUUGUGUUCAGUCUUAAAAAAAAUAUUAUAUGGCUAUUAUGGUAAUAUAUUUUAAAAUAUUUGGCUUUUUGGCUCUCUCAGCCAAAAAGGUUCCCGACCCCUGCUUUAGAGCCACAACUAAUCCCCUAAAUAAACGUAGAGACCAAAGCAGGGGUGUCCAAGGGCCAUCCGGGGCCCAAAAUUUGGCCUUUUUCGAAUAAAAUCAAACCUAAAAAAGGAGUCAAAUGUAAGCAUGAAGGCAUAUUGCAGAGGUGUCAAAGUGGUUUUCACUGAGUUUUUUUUUUUUUACUGCAAAUCAACAAGUGUAUAUUUUUCUGUGUAUUACUUUAAAUGCCAAAACAACACCAAAGAUUAUUACAGUAAAAAAAAGUACUGUUUUUUUUUUCAUUUAGAGAAAAAUGCUGUAAAAAACACAUUAAAUCUCACAAUUUGACCAUGAA